GUGGGUUAUAUGUGUCAUGUGACUCAUUCUCAGCCAUCUUGUUGUGGAAGCAAAAAAGAGAGACAGAAAGCUCACACAGAAACCUAACACUGUCAGUACAGUAGCGAAAUUGAAGAAAGAAUGGCAGAAACCCAGACACUCAACUUUGGACCAGAAUGGCUUAGGGCUCUCUCUGGGGGUGGGAGCGUCACCUCCCCUCCUCUCUCACCAGCAUUGCCAAAGUAUAAACUCGCAGAUUACCGCUACGGGAGGGAAGAAAUGCUAGCACUUUAUGUAAAGGAUAAUAAGAUUCCUCUAGACCUUCAAGAUAAGGAAUUUCUGCCUAUUUUACAAGAUGAGCCCCUGCCACCACUGGCACUUGUUCCAUUUACAGAGGAAGAACAGAGAAGUUUCUCCAUGUCUGUAAACAGCGCAGCUGUGCUGCGGCUAACAGGAAGAGGAGGGGGAACAGUGGCAGGGGUGUCGAGAGGUAGAAGUUCCUCGAGGGGUCGAGGUCGAGGCCGAGGGGAAGGAGGAUUUUACCAAAGAAGCUUCGACGAUGUGGAGGGAUUUGGUCGCGGAGCCAGAGAGAUGCAUCGAUCUCAGAGCUGGGAAGAGAGGGGAGACAGAAGGUUUGAAAAGCCAGGUCGAAAAGAGCCAGAGGUUGCCCCAGCCCACUUUCAGUUGAAUCACAUAAGGUCCAACUACGAGGACGGCGGGACGGGAGCAGCCAGGAAGCACGAGUUCACGCGUUCGGAGAGCGAGAACUGGCGCAUGUCCCGCGACGAGCAGAACGGUGAGGAUGAUGAGGGGGGCUGGCGGCUGGCGGGUUUGCGACGGGACGGCGACCGGUGGCGCUCUCACAGCCCAGACGGGACGCGGUCGGCCGGUUGGCGGGAGCACCCGGACCAGCGGCGGCGCUUCCCCUUCGACUCGCGGGAGGAGGAGCGGGGCUACAGGAGGGCGCGCGGCGGCCAGGACGACGAGCGGGACAGCCUGCCCGAGUGGUGCCUGGAGGACGCCGAGGAGGAGACGGGCACCUUCGACUCCUCCGGGGCCUUCCUCUCUCUCAAGGUGAGGGGCUCCGAGCUCUCGCACCUCCCAUCACGCAAGAAGGCUCCUAAGGAGCCCAUCCCUGAGGAGGCGGAGCUGGACUUCCGCCCAUCAGAGGAGUGCGAGGAGCGCUCGGACAAAGGGGACAGCGAGCCCGACGAGACCAAAGAGACCGACAGAUCAGCCCGGAGGGAAAACGAGAAGGACGAUUUGGGGAAGUUGGAAGACCGAGUCAAAGAGUCACCCGUUCCCUCCCCGCCAGCCCCAUGCCAGACGGAGCCCCAAGCCCACGUACCCCUCCCCCCCAGCCAGCCCGACAGGGUGGAGAUGCCCCCCGAGAGGGUGAACGGACCUCCUGUCCCGGAAGCAUCCCCAGAGCUCAUCAAAGCACCGCGCCCCGCCGUCACGCCCAGAAGCCUGGUGGAAGGACCCCCACUUCACCACGUUUCCCCUGUACCCCCAGAAACGCCCGUCCCUGCCCCUGUAAGGCAACAGAAGUCUCCCGAGGUUUCCACGGCAACCUCGGCGCCCCUCGCGCUCCCUGCAGGCAUUGCUUCAGGCAGCGGGCCGGGAGCCGCGCUGCCCGAGGACAUGGACGACGAGGAGGGACUGAAGCACUUCGAACAGGAAGCGGAGAAGAUGGUGGCCUACCUCCAGGACAACGCCGUGGACGACGACCGGCUGGCGGCCAAGGCGGUGGAGCGGGCCAAGCCCACGGCCCUCCCCCUCACUCACGAGGCUGCGCUCAAGUGGUACUACAAGGACCCACAGGGAGAGAGACAGGGACCCUUCACGAACCAGGAAAUGAUGGAGUGGUUCCAGGCGGGGUAUUUCACCAUGACGCUGCUAGUGAAGAGAGGCUGCGAUGAGCUCUUCCAGCCCCUGGGCGAGAUCAUCAAGCUGUGGGGGCGGGUCCCCUUCACACCUGGCCCCUCCCCCCAACCGCUGCUGGGGGAUGUGGACCACGAGAGGCUGAAGAGGCAGCAGGAGCUCACAGCUCUCAACCUUUACCAGCUGCAGCAGCUCCAGUACCAGUACCUCCUCAGACAGCAAUAUGCCCAGGCCCUGGCUCAGCAGAAGGCAGCAGCUAUGAGCACCCCGCAGCAGCAACAGCAGCAGCAGCAACAGCUCAACCUCCUCCUGCAGCAAUACCAGGCCCUAAAAAUGAGGAUGACGGAACCUCCCGUGACCCGGUCUGUGUCCGUGCCCGACUCCGGCUCCGUUUGGGAGAUACAGAGCUCAUCUACACAGCCCCAAGUUUCCAGUAGCAUCCAACAUGCCAGCCACAGCGCAUGGGAAAGUGGCAGUGUUUGGGACUUGCCCAUUGAUUCCAUGGCAGUACCACCGACAAUUGAGCAAAUACAACAGCUGGAGAAGGCGAAGGCGGUGAAGCUGGAGCAGGACAGACGGGAAGCAGAACUUCGGGCCAAGAGGGAAGAGGAAGAGCGGAAACGCCACGAGGAAGCGCUGCGAAGACAGCAGGAGGAAGAGCAGAAACGCAGGGAGGAAGAGGAGCUUGCUCGGCGCAACCAGGAGGAGGCUCUGCGGCGGGAGCAGGAGCUCCUGCUGCAGAGGCAGAAGGAGGAGGAGGAAGAGGAGGAGAGGAGGCAAAGGGAAGAGCUGCUCCGUAAACAGGAAGAAGAGCGCAGGAAGCUGGAGGAGCUCGCGCUGCAGCAGAGGAUGGAGCUGGAGAAGCGCCUAGAGGAGGAAGCGGCAAAGCAGCGGCUUCAGGAGGAGCAGAAAAGGAAGGAGCAAGAACUUCAGAGACAACAGGAGCUUCAGAGGCAACAGGAACGUCAGAGACAACAGGAGCUUCAGAGACAGCAAGAGCUUCAGAGACAACAGGAACUUCAGAAGCAACAGGAGCUUCAGAGACAACAGGAGCUUCAGAAGCAGCAGGAGCUUCAGAGACAACAGGAACUUCAGAAGCAGCAGGAGCUUCAGAAGCAGCAGGAGCUUCAGAGACAAAGACAGCAACAGCAGGAGGCUCUGCGCCGACUCCAGCAGCAACAGCAGCAGCAGCAGCUUGCGCAGAUGAAGCUCCCGUCGUCCUCAAAGUGGGGCCAGCAGUCUGCCUUGGUGUCCGCGCCUGCGACGCAGAACGCGCUGUCACUGGCCGAGAUUCAGAAGCUGGAGGAGGAGAGGGAGAGGCAGGCCCGGGAAGAGCGGCGGCAGCAGCAAGAGCUGAUGAAAGCCCUCCAGCAGCAGCAACAGCAGCAGCAGCAGCAGCAAGCCAGGCUCCUGGGCUGGGGAGGCGCAGCCAAGCAGCCAGCCGCCGCCAAGUCCCUGCUGGAGAUCCAGCAGGAGGAGGCCCAGCAGAUGAAGCAGAGGCAGCAGCAGCAGCAGCAGCAGCAGAAGAAGAAGGACCAGCAGCCAACGGCAGUCCAGCAGAACCGGGCCCAGCCCCGACCCAGCAACAUCAGCAACUCAGUGUGGGGGUCUGUCAACAACAGCGCCCCUCAGUGGACCAGCGCGGACGCGGGCGGAAGCAUCUGGGGCGGCAUCGACACCAAGGACUCCAACAUGGGCUUCUGGGAUGAGGCUGUGAAGGAGGCCACCCCGCCGCCCACACGAAAUGCCAAGAAUAGCAAAAGCAAUGCCAACCUAAGUAACUCCCUGAGUGGACGGGCCAACAAGAAGGUGGAGGAAGAGGAGAGGAAGCUGCUGAAGCUGUUCCAGGGGGUGAACCACAGUCAGGACGGCUUCACGCAGUGGUGCGAGCAGACGCUGCACGUGCUCAACACUGCCAACAACCUGGACGUUCCCACCUUUGCAUCUUUCCUAAAAGAGGUGGAGUCUCCCUACGAAAUCCACGACUACGUCAGAGCCUACCUCGGAGACACACCUGAGGCCAAGGACUUCGCCAAGCACUUCCUGGAGCGUCGUGCCAAACAGAAAGCCAACCAGCAGCAGCAGCAACAGCAACAGCAGCAACAGAAACAGCAACAGCAGCAGCAGCAGCAGCAGCAGCAGCAGCAACAGAAACGGCAGCAGCAGGAUUCAGUGUGGGCAGUGAACCAAACUGGACUUCAGUCGAUCUUUCAGUCCAAUCACAACAGUCUCCAGCAGUCCAGCUUCGAGAUGGUACAGUCCGGGAAAAAAAAAAAGAAGCAGAAGAUGGUACGGGCCGACCCCAGCCUGCUUGGUUUUUCUGUGAACGCCGCAUCGGAGCGAUUGAAUAUGGGCGAAAUAGAGACUGUGGAGGACUUCUGAGGACCUCUCGCCCUCGCCCACUGCCUAUCUGACCGCUGACCAUUUCUGUUCGGACCGGCAACGGUUUCACCCCGACAGACUGAAAAGCUGCAACCUCACCCUUCCCUUUUUUUUUUUUUUUUUUUUAAACCUUGAAUUCCGUGCAGUGAGAACCCAACCCCCCACCCAUUUGGGAAAUCAAUGGCACGGGUGAGUGCCACCUUCAGCUGGUGGCAAAGCGACGAACCCAGCCAUCAGAACCGGAAAGCGCUGUGUGGUUUGGGUCAUAGCGGGGUCACGUGAAAUCUGAAGACGAGGGCAGCUCGGCAUCCCGAGUUCAACCCCCCACCCCCCCGCUAACUGAACCAGCAGCAAGCUCGGCACAGGUCGCCGCCCACCCCCCCCCC